ACGCAAGGGACGGCCCCUCAGCCGGAGCUUAGAUAUCCCAGAAUUCCGCGCUCCUCCAGUCCUUCCUCCGUCGGCGCCAUUGCGAGAGGAGCAGAUAUGGCUGUCCGCUACCCCAUGGCUGUGGGCCUGAAUAAAGGCCACAAAGUGACGAAGAACAUCUCCAAGCCAAGACACUGCCGCCGCCGCGGGCGUCUGACCAAACACACCAAGUUUGUCCGCGACAUGAUCCGGGAGGUGUGUGGAUUUGCUCCCUAUGAGAGGCGUGCGAUGGAGUUGCUAAAGGUUUCCAAGGAUAAGCGAGCACUGAAAUUCAUCAAGAAAAGGGUUGGCACUCACAUCCGGGCAAAGAGAAAGCGGGAAGAGCUCAGCAAUGUCUUGGCGGCCAUGAGGAAAGCCGCCGCCAAGAAGGACUAAACCCACAGUAGUGAAUAAAAUGUUCUUCAGAAGUGA